CUAUAGGCUGUCUCAUCGCUGUCGGUGAUCAGGCCUACCACUUGAUGAUAGUGUUGGAGUCGUGCAUGGCCAUGCAGUCAUGGUCCUCCCCCCUGAAUUUAGUGUGCACUUGUGCAUGACAACAGCAGCAGCAGCAGCAGCAGCAACAACAUCCGACAUCAGACAGCUUGCCAUUGUUCCAGAAAACUCUUUAAUGAAUUUGUUCUUCUCGCCAUCAUUUACUCAAUUAGCGAUUCUCACACAACUGUUUCAUAAACUGUGAAUUCAUGUUUCUUUAUUUUUUUGUCAGCCAGGAUGUGUUUAGAAUGGGAAAGGUAAGGGCCAGCUGGUCAGAAUUGUCAGUUUUAUGUUAAAGGUUCUAUAUAUGUUUCAGUUGUGUUUUGACAACAACGUUUAAAACUGCAAUAUGUAGCUUUUUCGGCAACCCGACCAAAUUCAUGUAGAAAAUUGUGUUCUAGAUCUGUCAUUUUCAUUGAAAGCAAGUCUAAGAAGCAGUACAUCUGUUCUAUUUGCACUUUUUCUAUGCUUCCCAUUCUUAAGUUUUGUUUUUGCAUCUUUUACUUUCGGUUUUGCACACUACCUUCAAACAGCUGAAAAUACAAUAUUUUGGGUAACUGAAAAUAUAUUUCAGAGUGAUAUAGAUGGUACAAUGGUUCUCUACACUAUACAUUUAAAUUAGGCAAGCUAUUCGAAUUUUAGUAACUAGGAAAUGGCAGUGAUUUCUGCAUAUUGCAUCUUUAAUGUUGGUCCCAAAAAAGUCAUGAUUCAAUGAGACUGUUGUCAUGACUACUAACACUGUUUCAAGUCUCUGUGUGAUUUUGUCUUUGACAGUGAACUCUUGGAUGACUAGAGGAUUGUCAGCCACCGAGAAUAUCAAUGUUGAGUCUAUACCACGAAGGCCUAGUGUGGCUCUGUGCAACGAGACCCAGCUGCUGUGGGAGAUGGAGGUGUGUGGAGAGGGUUUCAAGCGAGAGAUGGCUUAUGUGGAUCCCCAGAACUGGUGCAACUUAACACACUUCAUCAGUGAGUACCACGUCUUCUCGCUGUGCACAGAGACCAACGCCGGGCGCAUCAACUGCUACUGGCCCAAUCCGCUGGUGGAGAACUACAUCAUCCGCAUCCACAAGCACUUCUUCUCCAACUGCACCCUGGAGAGGGUGAUCCUGGUGGACCCACCGGACGACACACUCACCAUCCUCAUCCUCAUCCCCGUCUUCCUCACCCUGGCUAUGAUCGCACUGGUGGUGUGGUGCAGUAAGCGCAGCGACAUCCUGGCUUAAGAUGUUGGUUUGUUUGGUUCCCAUGUGACUGUGCAAUGUGGCUGUCCAGAGACCCAUGAACUUCUUUGAAUGAAAAUACUUUAUUGAUCCCCAGAGGGGAAAUUGGGUUAGACAGGUAGCCUGGGAAGACAGGUAGGGAACCUACAAAGGGAACUUUUGUUUGUUCAUUGUGUCAUUUCAGGAUUAUGGUGGAUUGAAUGGACCAAAAGAAGCUACUUAACGCCUUUGAGGGAGAUGCAUCCUAAAUCCAUUUUGCUAGCUUGAGACGGUCCAAGCCCUUUUGAGAGAUAUACAAGGACUCAAGGCACAGAGCUACAAGACAUUCAGGAUUGUUGAUCCUUGGUGUGAAAAGGGACAGAGGCCCAGGGACUGCCUCAACAUCAUCACCUAUCAGACGCUGUUUAAGCUUGUGGGUAUAUAUUCUGGUGAAGAGUCUUCUCAAUGGGAGAACACGGACAAGUUGACACCUGAACAUGUAGAAUACUUUUCUGUACCAGUUCCGUCUACUGUAAAGACCCUGAAUUUUCCUUCCUUUAUCGCCUGCCAUUCUUUCUCAACGGCAGUGUUCCUGGCACCAUGGCCUUCUUCACGCUUCCUCGUCUGUUAUGUGUUGUCACUAUCAGUUCAAGCUGCAAAGACGGAUACAACAAUUUCUUUCCAAAACAAUCUGAUUUUUUAUCUAACCCUGAUUUAACUUACCUUAACCACACCCCUAACCAUAUGCCAAACCAACACCUUCAUUUAAGACCAAUGCUAAUUUUCAUGUUCAUGAUAUAGGCAAUUCUGACUUUGAAGCUUGGCCAUAGAAUGGGAACAAGCCCUAUAUGUGUCGCUUAGACUAGAGAACUUGGUUUGUUUCUUGAAGUGAAAUGGUUGUUUGACUUCAUUAUUUAUCUUGUCUCUGGGUUGUCAUUGCAAUGCCCCAAAAGUUGUUAUCACUGAUUGCACUGCUCAUGUGGUGAAACCUCAGCAGGAAUUCUGCUCACUCUAAUUGUAGUUUAAUCGUUCUGGGAGGUAUGGGCGGUAGGAACAUAAAUCACUGUCAAGAUUACGGACUCGUUUUGAGAGAAUUUCGUUGUGCCAGAAAACUUUUGGUAUUGAGGAGCUAUUGAAUUAUUUACUGUAAUGCUAUUUAAUGUUUUAAUUAAAUGACUUAGAAUUAGUCAAUGCUUUGGUUAUUAAUCAACAUGUCCAUAGUGCAAUGUCAUUUGCCACUUUUUGUCCUCUGCCGUUUCGAAACCAUUCCUACCUCUACUUCAAACUACAUCCAUCUCGAUGUAUCUCCAAUUCAACUGAAACAUCCUUAGUACGGUGGUCAUAGCAAAAUAAUAUUUUUUUGACAUUUCAGUGUGUAAAUGUAGUUAAACAGUCAAAUCUGCAAAAAAAUAUGUUCUGACAUUUAGGUUAAUUUUCAACGUAAAACUCAACAUUGCUGUAUGAUACAUUACCAUAUGGGCAAAGCUACUAACAAGGCCGUAUGAACAUUUCAGAAGGGAUUGGGGGGGAUGUUCAUAUUCCUCAUCAGUGGUGUAAAGUACAUAAGUAAAAAUACUUUAAAGUA